AUGACGAUACGGCUUUGGAGAGCGCUACUGGGCGUGGUUAUCUGGGUCUCCUUCUUCAGCACGGCAAUGGGAGCUCUCGGAAAGUACUUCAUCCCGCCUGUGGACCGGUCCAUCGAGCCCACCGGUCGCAUUCGAUUUUAUGCGAUUUCGAUAUCGUGGCCUUGUCCGUGGCUGUCGGCCGUGGUGGUUCCUGUUGGAGACAAGAUGAAGGUCGGGGCUGAGUUUGCCAGCAUCGCAUACCAGCAUUACUUUUCGUACAGCGACGAGUCUGGAUUCAUGAGUAAUGACAACCAGUAUCUCUAUCUGGAUCCAGAUGCUCACGCCGUCACUCUGCAGCCAGUGCCUCAUCCCGAGGUAGUGUGGCGAAAUGGUACGGUGGCAUACAAGGUUGGUGGAGAGGACGGGAAUAUUACUUAUGGUGCUUCGCUGGCAGCCUGUCCCAUUGAAGGAUUCCCCUUCCAGUUUUCUAUCGAAUACAACUCGUCGUGCACAGGUGGUCACCGGGUCCAGCUUCGUGCUAUGGGUGAUGGAGCAGUGCUAAGAGCCAUGUCGCAACAAAGCGGUCAGGACGAGACUCCCAAUGGGUCUGCUCAGGACCGAGGGGCUGCCAAAAAAGGCUCUGCCCCUGUGCAGAAGCGAGAUGGCAUGGCAGGGGAAACGGAGGUUGAGGGCUCACCGGAAUUUGAGGCAAAGUUGAGACUGAGACUCAUGGGCUUGAUUGACUAG